AUGGACGGAGGAGCAGUACCCACCGGCGGCGAUUCUGGUGCCGGCGCUGCAGCGAGUGCUGCAGCGACUAGCGAUGGCCCAGCGCCAGUACAGGCUCACGUGCAUAGCCACGGCCACGAUGCAUUCGACAACCACCACCACCAGCAGCAGCCAGCCAACAUACACAAUGGCCAUCGCCGAAAGCAGGACUCGCCGCAGCCGACUUCGUCGCGGCCCAUCUCGCUGACCGAUUUCCACGACUCGCAUAGGAGUUUUAUGACUCCGCUGGACGAUAUUUCCGUGGAUCUGAACCAUUACUUUGUCGGUCCCCGCGAUCUCAGUAGACACACGAAAUGGCCGACCUUUUUGCGCAUACACGGCAGUAUCUUGCCGCGUUUGAUUCUGCCUCUGGUCUUUGUCGGCGGCUGGUCGACUGCCAUCACCUGCAUUUCGAUCAUCGUGCAUCCUCUCAAGGUGUCGAGCAUCCUUCUCACCGUCCUCGGUUUCGUCGUUGGUUUGGCUUUGUCGUUUCGAAGCUCCACUGCCUACGAACGAUAUGGUGACGGCCGCAAAUACUGGACACAAUUAAUUCAAACAUCGCGAAAUAUUGCACGUCUCAUAUGGCUACACGUCCGCGAACGAGAAGGCGAGCUCGCCAAGGACGACCUUCUCAGCAAACUAACUGCUUUGAACCUCCUCCAAGCCUUUGCCGUCGCCGUCAAACACAACCUCCGCUUCGAGCCAGCAGUUGCGUACCAGGACCUAAUAGGCCUGGUCGGCCAUCUCGAAACAUUCGCGCGCGACGCACACGUCGACGACCCCGAUCUGAUCAAAACAGUGAACAAGACGCCCUGGAAGGCCGCGGGCGAGUAUCUUGGUGUCUCGUUUGCCGAGUCCAACCCGCGCAAACUGCUUAAGCGUGCGAAAAAGCCGCUGGGCCAUUUGCCGAUUGAGAUUUUGAAUCAUUUGUCGACUUAUGUCAAUCAUUGUACUGUUCAGGGAUUGUUUCCGUCGGCGACGUAUGAGGGACAGCUCAUCACCGCAGUAGCCACGCUGAAUGAGUGUCUCAGUGGCGCCGAGCGAGUGCGCGACACUCCCCUGCCAGAAGCAUACAGCAUUGCCAUUUCCCAAAUCGCCUGGAUUUACGUGCUGGUUCUUCCAUUCCAGCUAGUCGGGGACCUCAAGUGGCUCGCCAUUCCAGGAUCCGUCGUCGCUGCAUACAUCAUCCUCAGCUUCGUCGCUAUUGGCCGCGAACUCGAAAACCCAUUUGGCGACGACGUCAACGACCUCCCCCUCGACUCGUACUGCAAGCAACUCGCCAGCGAAAUCGAUAUUAUCACUGCCACCCCACCGGCCAAGAUGGAGCGCAUCACGCGGAGUAGCGAGAACCUAGUGCUGUACCCCUUGAGUCCCGAUGGGUAUGAUAAGUGGAUGAAUCGCAGCGUGUCAGAGAUUCGGGCGGCGUUGCGGUCGAAAGUUAUUGUGCAAAAGCCGCAGUCGCGGGGAGUCCUUGAGGAGGAGAAGAAUGUAGCAAUGGAGUUUACGGAAUCGCCA